UCGUCCAUUCAAUUGGUCUGUCACAAACCUGUUUCAUGCAAGCCUCCGUCUGUCACUCAACACCCCGGUUUCUCCUCCUCCUUGCUUGGCAUCAGACUGGUGUGUGUGCCGACCUUGUUCCAGCGACGAGAUACCCGAAAGCCAGCUGUUUGCAGCGAAUACAUUUCUGGCAAAAGCCGCCGGUCCGGCACGCAUUUAUCCUCUCUUUCAGGCUGUGGUAGUAGCCUCAUAUUUUACCGUGAAAAUGAGGCAGGGCGUGAUGGGGUGCUGCCCUGCUAUCGCUAGCUAGGCGGACAAAUUCCUUCAACCAGCUUGCUGUUUCAAUCACUGCGGGUUGACACAACAUUAGCUGAGGCGUUGUUAAGUGAGCUAACGGGCUAGCAAGGCUGCUCUUAUAGCCGUUACGUGUAAUUUAGCCAACAUUAUCUAAUGUAGUUAUUUAGAAAACGGACGCAUUGCUGCGGCGUUGAUUAGUGCAAUAACGGUUAUCUCUCUUAAUGUUAGCUUACUAGCAAGGACUACUACUUUUCUUCUAGCGUUAACUAGCUAGCUAACGUUGGUGAGACUGCACAGAAAUCAACUGUUACGCGUUUGGAUGUCGCGACACUGCAGUUUUGAACCACUUUUGGCGGAUUGUGAAGAUAGAAUUGGACCACUGACAGACGAAAAUAUAUAAUUGGACCACCAAGUGACAACAGGGGGUUAAUGAUAUAAUCUAGGUAUUAAGUGGCUAAUCUGCGGCAGUUGCAGUAAUUUUAACAUUAGCUGUAUUAAGGCAGAGCAUCUCGGGGAGGCCCCAACGGUUCUUGACUCCCUCCCCUGUCCGAAUCUCCCGUGAUUUGCCGAGAACACCCGGGUGAAGUCGCAGUUCUCGGCUGGGGGGACAACUUGACAGCGAGGCCCCUAGCUAGUCUCCCCUCCCCCAGUCCCGUCCAUCCAUCCGUCCAGCCCUGACAGACCACCUCCUCCGCCUGAGAUCGAAGCGAGGACCGGGGAUUCGGGAUAAACUGAAACCGUGUGUUGGGUCCCGUCUUAACCGGGCUAACCAAAACUAAGAGGGGAUGACUCUGGAGUCCAUGAUGGCUUGCUGCCUGAGCGAAGAGGCGAAGGAGUCGAAACGAAUCAAUGCAGAAAUUGACAAACAACUCCGCCGAGACAAGCGAGACUCCAGGAGAGAGCUGAAAUUACUUCUUCUCGGUACGGGAGAAAGUGGCAAGAGCACCUUCAUCAAGCAGAUGAGGAUCAUUCAUGGAGCCGGGUACUCAGACGAAGAUAAGAGAGGCUUCAUCCGGCUCGUUUACCAAAACAUCUUCACCUCCAUGCAGGCCAUGAUCCGCGCCACUGAGACCCUUAAGAUCCCCUACAAAUUUGAACAGAAUCGGUCUAACGCCAUGAUCGUGAAGGAGGUGGACAUAGAGAAGAUCAAUGGCUUUGACUUUCACUUCAUUGCAGCUAUCAAAUGCCUGUGGUCCGACCCAGGGAUCCAGGAGGCCUACGACCGCCGCCGAGAGUACCAGCUCUCUGACUCAACUAAAUAUUACCUUAGCGAUAUAGACCGUGUGACAGCGGAGGGAUACGUUCCCACCCAGCAGGAUGUGCUGAGGGUCCGUGUUCCCACCACGGGUAUAAUAGAGUACCCGUUUGACCUGGAGAACGUCAUCUUCAGUUAUCUUUCCGAUCUGGAUCGUAUUGCAGAUACCGGCUAUCUUCCCACUCAGCAGGAUGUGCUCAGGGUGCGCAUCCCCACUACAGGAAUCAUAGAGUACCCGUUCGACUUGCAAAGCAUCAUUUUCAGGAUGGUGGAUGUCGGGGGCCAGAGGUCAGAGAGGAGAAAGUGGAUUCACUGCUUUGAGAAUGUCACCUCCAUUAUGUUUCUUGUGGCGCUGAGUGAGUACGACCAGGUCCUGGUGGAGUCUGACAACGAGAACCGUAUGGAGGAGAGUAAAGCUCUGUUCAGGACUAUCAUUACCUACCCCUGGUUUCAAAACUCCUCCGUCAUCCUCUUCCUCAACAAGAAGGACCUGCUAGAGGAGAAGAUCUCCUACUCACACCUGGUGGACUAUUUCCCAGAGUUUGAUGGUCCCCAGAGAGAUGCACAGGCAGCGCGGGAGUUCAUCCUCAAGAUGUUUGUGGAUUUAAACCCAGACAGCGACAAGAUCAUCUACUCUCACUUCACUUGUGCCACGGACACUGAGAACAUCCGCUUUGUGUUUGCAGCUGUCAAAGACACCAUCCUACAGCUCAAUCUCAAAGAGUACAAUCUGGUGUGAGAGGGCCCACGUACGACGCACAUCUCCUCCCCCAUUGCACAAAUGCACACCCUAGUGAGUGUGCGCUCAAGUUCACAUGCAUUACACAGCACACCAUGCCGGCUCACGCACACACAUACACACUCACACACACCAAAAGAAUCCUUCCUCUUUUUUUUUUUCUUUCCCCCAGUACAGUACAUUCACAAAUCCUUCGACCUGCAAACGCUGCCCCUCCUCUUUCACCAAAGCUCGUCCUCUUCCUCCGUCGCUCGGCAGCUUGUUGUGUCAGAGUCCCUGCUCCUCCCCACGCUGCUCCGUGUGUCAAAUUUGGCCCCGGCUGCUGGCUCUGGCACAUUUCAUCUGGCACACAAACCUUUCACACGGACUGUACAGUGACUGAAGGGGACUUUGGUGUUUGUGUGUGUGUGUGUGUGUGUGUGUGUGUGUGUGUGGUGUGUGUGUGUGUGUGUGUGUGUGUAUUUGGAGCAGCAUUGACUAGCGAGGAGCUGUGUUUUGGUGAAUAGCUGCAUCAGACCCCUUUGGCCCUCUGGAGUUAACCCUCAGUGGUGUGAGAUCAGAUCCUCGUUGUGUCCUUUCUGAGCGCCUCUCGGUGUAGAAGGAAGUGAAUACUGUAUCUCCUGAAACCAGCGAGUGGCAUCAUGCUUCUUGGGACCGUGUGACUCAGACAGGAAGUGAGGUUGCACACUAAGGGACGGGGGCUAUGGAUUUUGUCUCCAUCUCGCAUUUAUGAAUGUACCCACCAGUGUGAGCAUCGCAAUCGUUAAAAAAAAUAAAAAUAUAUUAUGAAGUAAAUGCAUAUGUAAACACACUUAAGACAAAAAGCACGAGGGCAAGUCAUAGCUAAUCAAAAUCUGUUCAUUGCUGAGUUUAAAAAAAAUGUUUUUAAUGAUAGAAAUAUGUUGCUACGUCUACUUAUAUUUAACAAAUAAUGGCUAAAAGGAAUGGUGAUAAGAAGUGGUGAAACUCUAUAAAAACAUUUAAUCUAAAGACCUCUGAAAAAGAAGCAAGCAGAAAUGACCUUGACAUAAGUAUCCUUUAAACAUUUCUGUGUGAUUUUGUUUUUUAAGUCGAUCACAUUGCUUCCCUCCUCCAGAUGUGUUCUGCAUGGAUUCACAGGGACAAUCGUCCAUGUGAUUUUCACAACAUCUCUCCCCAUCGAUACACCCUUAUUACGAAACGCUAGUAGCGGGUGAGAGGACCCUGCUUUCGACAGGUUCUGCUCUGAUUAGGGGAAGCAGAUGUGGAGGCGAGCGUGAUGUCAUCUGUUUAUCAGCCCACAGAGCACAUCUGCAUCUCUGGCUGCAAGUAGCCUAUUCAACAAAAAUAAAAGCUGUAAAUUAAACACACCCACAUCCCAGGGGGUGAAUGGAAUCCAUGCGUAAAUAUCUCUGAUGACGUCACACCAGCGUCACUCAGCCGUCCAAUCAGACAGUUUACUUUUUUUUUUUUUUUUACUGUAUAGUCACUUUGUUUAUAUAAAGAUUGCUUGUUGUUGAGUAGUGAGAGGAAGGGGGGGGGGGGGGGGGCGGGGGGCGCUAUGAACCUUUCACAGAAAACGCACUCUGAAGUCUGCAAACGUUGUUUGUGUAUAUUUGUUUGUAAAUACAUAUACACAAAACACCCCUGUACAAAAACGCUCUGUGGUACACCAUCUUUGGCAAAAAAAAAAAAAAAAAAACACAACAAAAAAAAGUAUCAACUUCUUUCAUUAGCAUACAGUUUUUUCCUAUGAAUUUAUGGUAGUAGUUAUACUGUGAUUAUGGAUUUUGUUCACUUUAUUAAUAGGACUACACAGAGCUGAGUGGUGUUGAGGAAACGAUCGGCAAGGAACAAUAGUCAGAGAAAAGAGGUUCCUCCCAACUGCUACAGCUCUGGCUCCAGAGUAUACUAACUAGGGCUGGUAAAAAUCUUCACAGUAUGGUGACGAGAUGAUUUUAAGAGUAAUUAAAGAUUUUUUUUUAUUUAUCUAAUUUAUGGACCAGGUUUGAAGGUGUUGAUAAUUUGACUGCUUUUGAUUCUGUCAUGUUGAAGUUGCUCCUUUUCUCAUGGCGGAGCCUACUUGAGUCUGAACUGCUGUAAAAAAAAAACAAACAAAAAAAAAAAAACUAUAAAAAAAACCCCGAAUGUCUGGUAUAGUAAGGACUUUAUCUCUGCUUUCUAUUUCUUAUUGAGACAUUUCCAGUUGUACUUUGCCAUCACAUCUCCAUCCAUGAUAAUACUGUUUGGUUUUCUUUAGGAGCCCUCACAUUUGUUUUGUUUGAUUUAAAAAAAAAAAGAAAACACACAAAAAAACUUGUAUUUCCUCUCGGUUUAUAGACGCAGCGCUGUAAUGCAUACCUAGAAAAAUGUACAGUACGAACGUAGGUGGACUUUUUUAUCAGUGAUUGAAGACCCACGCGGUCCAUGCUUGCUAUUUGUAAUUUAACACAAAACUUCUGUUGUUGGUUUUUUGCAUUGUUAAUUUCCAGUUUUUUGAGGCUUGCUUUGAUAGUGCCAGUGAAGUGCAGAUAUACUUUUUUGGUCUUUGACCUUUUCUACAGGUGACUUAUCCUUCAUCCUCAUUAAGGGCUAUCACAGUGCAUCAGGCAUCAGACGGCGGCGAGUGGAGUACAGGACCACAAGUCAUCCACUACUAAUCCUUGUUCAUAAAUGGAGAUUACUUGCAGUAUGUGCUAUAAUAGGCCGGGUGUUAAUGUAAACAUAAGGUGUGUGUGUGUGUGUGUGUAGAGAGUUUACCAACACUAAAUCGUUUUCUUUAAAGUACUUCUUUAUGUAUCUGGCCCUUUGGUGAAAUAAUUGGACCCAGAAUCUGGCUCUCCGACCUUCACUAUUACUCAUUUGUUUGCCUUUGGUAUCGCAGUGUUAGCUGUAAUACCUCAUGCAGUAUAGAAACGCGUAUCACUAAAAACACUACUACCAGGACGUAGAAGUAUUGCAUGUUUUCCCAAGUAUUUGACUUAAUGACCAUGCUUGUGGCUCUGCAUGUUUUAACCCAUUAACUACAAAUCUCGUACUUUUAUUGAUGACCAUUUCUCCAGUUUCUAAAUUGAUUUCCUACUUUGCACGCAGCUAUUGGCUUGGGUUCAUGCCAGGAAGGUUUGAAAAGUAACUUUAAACUUGAUUCUGAGAGCGAAUCCGUACCACAGUUGACAUCGAGUCACCUUUUUUUUCUUUUUUUGUCAAGUUUGCAUUAUUGUGCGAUAGAGACCGUGUUAAUCGUGCUUCAAAACUUACUUUGUUAUUGCAAUCAUAGAAGCUCUAUCAAGAGAGAAAACUGGUGCAUCUCUACGGUCCGUUUUCCAAAUUUAAAGUCUCCAUACUGUGGAACCAUUAUAUUUUUGGCUUUAAGAAAUCGUAAAAGGAACAAAUUGAUAGAGAAACGCAACAUUUUAUAACGACACAGUCAAAGAAACUGUAGUUAAUGUGGAUGGAUUAUGUCUGGCCAAUAGCGGACUGCGUUACCACGUAACUGAGAGAAACUAAAAUGACUAAAAGUUCACCGUCUCCGAUCUCAAACCAGUUUGUCACUCGGGAGUUGAUUUUUCUUAGAUGAACUGAAACCAAAGGCUGUUGUAAAAAAAAAAAAAAAAAAAGAAGAAAUAGAGAAUCAAUCUGAAAACUUUAUGUAUGCUUCAAAAAUGGGAAGCAGUGAUGUAAAGUUUGAACAUUACAUUAAUGGGGCUAAAAAAAAAUAUAUGUAUUUCAAAGCGCCAGUGUCCUUAACUGCCAUUUUGGCUGCUGAAAAUGACACUAACCUUGAGCGUAAGAAAGCAGACGGCCAACCGUUAAGACUGCCGUCACAAACAGGAUGCCAGUAUUUAAGUGGAAAGUUAUACCAGUAUGGAUACCCAAGUAUUUAUCAGUAGUUGUGUUAAGAUUUACCGUGUGUUGAGUGCAGCUCACUUUAAUGGUGACGAACCAUGUUGUAUUUUUAACCUUGACACUACAACUCUCGCACAUGGUGAAGGGCUGACUGGCUGUUAGUGUGGGUUUGGUAGUGUGUUAAAGCAGUCGAGUGUUGCACAGUGUGCUUUUGACACAUUUUAUCGCAACAUGUACAAGCUGGAGAGAGAAGGAAGGCAAGUCUGUAAGAAACUUAAAAUCUCCUAUUCAUUCUUUCAUUCUCGUCCGUUUUGAGCAAUGAUCGGUGGAAAGACUGGAUUGGUUUUUCACGACAACACACUCUUAUUUAUUGCCUUUCAUUGCCUUGAAUAAUGAAAGAUGGUGUUGCCGGCUCUAAAUGGUUUCGGAGCAUGCUCUGUGAACUUUUUGCGUGGCCGUGGUUGUGUGAUUUCCCCUUCCUGUGGGCUUGUUAAAAUAAGUGGAAUCAAACUUAUCUUUUGAACAUCAGUGUGAAGUCAGUGCAUAUUCAAAACUUAACUCUUGUUCCCAUUUUUUGUGUGUGUUUUUCCUUUUACUGUAUGAUAUAAAGAAAACAUUACCAGAACUCUAUUAUUUAGGACCACUUGAUUUAUUUUUCUUCACUCCAAUGAAACCUGAAGGUCAAUUGUGUAAUGGUGUAUAAAAUGCUGUUUUUUUUUUUUUCCUCUUAUUUUGUAUGUAAACCAAAUGUAAAUUAUGUAUUAUACUGAGUGUGCCAACCCCACUCUCUCUAGAGCCAGGCUCUCUCUAAGUGCCAACGCUGUGGUCCUCAUCAAAGGACCACCACCUGAGAUGGUCCCCCCCCUUCCCCCCUCCCCCCCCCCCCUUUUUAAAUAAAACACACCAGAGACUAAAAGGAUAGAUGAUUAAGUACACACAAAGACUUUAUUCUGUAUUUAAGAUUGAAGAUUUAAAAAAAUAAUCUGCUGUUUUUUAAGAAACUGUAAUUAUAAUUGCAUGUGCUGUUUAUUUUGUGUUGGAAGUGAGGGCUUUGGUGUUUUCAUUGAAGCAGAAAGCCCUGGAUGAAGGGGGUUCAGUCAGUUGGUUAUUAUCGAUUUAUUGAUUUACAUAACUCUUGCCAUAUUUUUUUAUGUGUUUCAUGUAUUUGUUUCAACCACUGUUGCCUGAUCCUCAUUCAAACAUGAACAUGACUUAUGAUCAUUGCCGCCUUCUAAGAGAGAAACAUAAUGACAAGGUAUCUGUUUUAAAUUGAAAUAAAUUUGUUCCUAUACUU